GGGAGAAAUCCUAUCCUAACGUGUCGAGCAGGUGCUCGAAGGAACCUUUCCUAGCGCUAUUCCGUGCCGCUGCUCCUCAGCAAUGCUUAGUUUGUCGCGUUUUUUUAUCUCUAGAGAAGUCAACAGAUGCAAUUAUUUCACCACUCUGGAACACGACCACAGGUCGUUUGUCUCGGACUCACUGGGAACGCUAUCGGGGGCCUCCGCGUCGCAGAGCGAAAUUUUGGACAGCGCGACCACCUUUUCGUCGAGGUCGGCUGCCAGGGGCACCCUUCUCGAGGAGUACCUGCACCAGCAGAGGGCGACCAACGAGCUCUACUGGAACGACCCGGGGCGAGUCGAGGACAACCUCGAGACGCGCUGGCCUUCGCUGCGCGUCAAGCCCCGGGCCGACUACUUCGAGCCGCGGAACACGCUGCUCAUCUCGCCCAGCCUGGUCUCGUUCCUGUCGGCGAUGAUGGUCGGCCUCGACCCGCUCGUCGUGCCCGUGCUCGGCACCGACGUGGUCCGAGCCCUGCUGAACGUCGUGGUCGCCAGCCAGCGGUCGGAGGGUGCCGGGGAGACUGGCUCGCGGGCCGCUGCGCAGCUCGCUCGCCACGUGACUCGACGCAGAGAGGACGCGAUGCGCUGCCUGGCCGAGCAGUACGCCAACGUGACGGGCGACCGCAGGGCGUGGCCCCGCUUGCGCGACGAGCUCUUCUUCGACUCUGCUGUCGUGGAGCCCCUGUUCGAACUCUACAGGGUGUACCUCGCAAAGUACCCCGAGCUGCGUGAUGGCCCGAACAUUCCCGAGCUGCCGGGCAAGAACUCGCUGGAACUGUUCUUCGUCAACUACGCUGUGGCCCACUGCGAGCACUCACCGCGGUCGGUGGACGUGGCAGCUUCGACCGACGGAGAGAGGGCGCUGUCGCCGGCCGCGCGACUCAACGUGGCUCUCAUGAACUCCAGGGCUUUUGCGGCCGUCUUCCACUGCAAAGACGACGAUUUAAUGAACCCACGCAGCAGAUGCGAAAUCUGGUGAUACAGAAGUGAUGCAGGCUGCGUGGAGAAAAACGACGUGCACAGACGACCCCACCGACCUCAAGGCAAUGUCAACCUGCAGCAGGGCUCUCUCGUGGCUAGGCAUGCGCAAACGCUUUCUCCUUUUUUUUUUUCACCGCAUGGUAAAGAAAGUGUGUAGUGUACAUUCUCGAUUUCAUGUCAUUCUCUCGUAAAAGCUAAUACACUCCCCCAUUGAUUUUCUUAACAACUUCACCCCGCCCUUUAAGCCUGUUAUCCACUAGCGGAGACCUUGCGUGAGAUUUAGAAUGUAACCCGCCGUGGUUGCUCAGUGGCUAUGGUGUUGGGCUGCUGAGCACGAGGUCGUGGCAUCGAAUCCCGGCCACGGCGGCCGCAUUUCGAUGGCGGCGAAAACACCCGUGUACUUAGAUUUAGGUGCACGUUAAAGAACCCCAGGUGGUCAAAAUUUCCGGAGUCCUCCACUACGGCGUGCCUCAUAAUCAGAAAGUGGUUUUGGCCGGUAAAACCCCAUAAUUUUUUUAGAUUUAGAAUGUAGUCGCGAAGUUCUAGCCGGCAAGCAUCCCAAAGCCAAUCGUGAGUGAUAAUCACAUGUGCUGCUUUAUUGCAUCUAGAAUUUCAGUACUUCCUUGGCUGCCGCGAUUCACGUUCUGAGCUGAUCGCCUUGUGUCAGUCAACGCGUCACGUUUCAUUGGCUGCUUUCUUCCCUUUAUGAAGUGAGCUGGAGAGUUUCAAAUACGGGAUGUGUAUGUCAUGCUUUGCAACGUUCUUUUCGUCUGUAGCAAAUAUUUGAAUUAUGCGAAGCGAUCUUGUUCUCUGAAAUAAAUCAUACAAAUGUUUUUCAA